CCUUCGCCACUGGCCAUACACAAACCACUUGCGCAACGCUGCUUGGUCCUUACUCCACCAAACCUUCUCCGCCUACGGCCACAAUGGACGGCGGAAGCCAGUCACACGAGUCUGAUAUCUACGCUGUUCUGAUGGAUCGGUUUCAUAGUCUCCAAGCAAGCCACGAGAAACUCAAAGAACAGUUCAAUAUUCUCCUGCAAGAAAAGAGCAUUGCCGGUGGAUUUGGAAGUACAAGUAGUAGAGUUGCACGAGUGAGAAACUCGGUGGACGAAGUUAUGAAUAUGCAAGAAGAUUCGUCAGGUGAGUUGGCGGGGGAAGAUUCCAGCUGGGCUAGCUAUAUUCAUGGAGCUUACUAUUCAGGGAGUCCGUACAAGAACGUGUUAGAGUGCAUGGGUCAUGCAGUUCAUAUCAGUCGAGCUGGCUCUGAAGAGAUCAUUUACUGGAAUUCAUCUGCUGAAAAGCUCUUUGGAUACAAAGACUACGAGGUAUUGGGACAAAGAGAUGCAGUGCUGAUCAUUGAUGAAAAGCGUCAUGCAUUGGCGCGGAAAAUCAUGGACAGGUUGAGCUUUGGACGGUCUUGGGCAGGUCAGUUUCCUUUCAAGAAGAGAUCAGGCCAGAUCUUUGUGGCAAUAGUUACGAAAAGCCUGCUGUAUGAGGAUGGCGAGCUUGUUGGCACCAUCACUGUUUCAAGUGAUGCAGCUGUCUUUAAUAAUCUACAUUUAGAAAAUACAAGAGUAGGCCAAGACCCUACUGAUGGUAAAUCUAGAGGACGAGGAAUAAAUCAGAAAAGAAUCCAGUUGCGUGCACAACCACAGAUUGCAUCAUCUGUUUCCAAUCUGGCCUCAAAAGUAUUAUUGCGGAAGCAUGAAGACAGUGGAUCUGAUGGAAGUUCCAAUAUUAGGGAAAAGGAGCAAAAUGAACUGGACAAUGCAUAUCUAAAAUCUGAGAGGCCACCUAGAGCACCAGCAACAAGACCGCAAGUUAAUUGUAAGUCUCCCAAUGCGAAGAAUAAAAUUGAUGGAGAUGGCUUUGAAAGCGAAGAAUCCACAAGUGGAUUUCCUCAGCCAUUAAAACUUGCCGAAAAGGUAUUAGCGAAGCUUCACAUUGGGGGUAUUGCCAAUCUUAAUAAGAACAAAGAUGCAGUUGUCCAAUGUAACAGCUUGAAUGGUAUGUCAUGCAGCAAAGUAUUGGUCGAGUCAUCUUCACCUGGAGCACCACAAGCAACACAAGCAACUAGCUCACAUAACGAGGACUUGUAUCCUAUAACUGCACCUGUCCGAGUUUCAGAACAGUUGCAGACGUCAGACUUGCAAGACUUGAAUACAAAUGGGCAGAAUUUGGAAAUGGAGAUUGAGGAUACACUACAACCUCAACCAGAUAUUCAACGGUUCCCGAACUCAAGGGAGGAUAGUGGAAGCAGCAUUGGUAGUCCAUCAAGCAAAGGUGAUGAUGAAUCAAACUUGAUUGUACAUUGUGAAAUCCAUUGGGAAGACCUGCAAUUACGAGAGCAAAUUGGCCAAGGUUCAUUCGCUGUUGUGUAUCGUGGAAUCUGGAAUGGAUCAGAUGUUGCAGUUAAGGUUUAUUUCGGGAAUGAAUACAAUGACCAGACUCUACUCAGUUACACUCAAGAGCUUUAUAUAAUGAGGACACUGAGACAUCCAAAUGUGCUGUUGUUCAUGGGGGCAGUAUGCUCACAAGAAAAACUGGCUCUGGUAACAGAAUAUUUGCCAAGGGGAAGUCUCUUUAAAGCACUACACAAAAGUAAUCAGCAAUUAGACAUCAGACGUCGUCUGAGGAUGGCUCUUGAUGUGGCAAGAGGUAUGAACUAUUUGCAUCACAGAAACCCACCAAUCGUACAUAGAGAUCUCAAAUCUUCAAACCUGCUUGUCGAUAAGAGCUGGAAUGUCAAGGUUGGAGACUUUGGCCUGUCAAAAUUGAAGAAUGCGACCUUCUUAACAAACAACUCUGGGAAAGGAACGCCUCAGUGGAUGGCUCCCGAAAUCCUUCGAAGUGAACCUUCAACGGAAAAGUCAGAUAUCUACAGUUUUGGAGUCAUACUGUGGGAACUGAUGACUGAAUCCAUACCAUGGAAGAACCUGAACUCGUUGCAGGUUGUGGGAAUUGUCGGCUUCAUGGACCGCAGACUGGACCUUCCAGUAAACCUUGAUCCCGAAAUUUCAUCCAUCAUCCGUGACUGCUGGCACAGCAAACCAGAAAACCGUCCAUCAUUUCAAGAUAUUAUCCAGAAAAUAACAGAUUUAAUUCAAACUGGAGCAAAUGCAAGGAGGAGUCCAGGGCUUUGAAGCUGCUGCAGGGCUCGCGCUCGUGUAUAAUAGUAGUAGCAAUACAAAUGCAAGUCUUCCAAAAGUAUGGAGGAACUAAAACUAUCGCCAGACUUAACCAAUAAUAUGGUGUACAAGUCCUUUAAGUUCACACAACAUAUUUGUUGAUCGAGAGUUCCCAUCUUUCUACUUUCCCUCCUUUUGUUUUCGUGUCAAGGAAAGAUGAAAAAGGCUUUUGGAAAAUGGAAAUCAAAGAGAUAAAAUAGUAGCCUUAACAAAGAGUUGCAUGAGAGUUUGAAGGACUUCAUUACAGUUAAUGAGUUUUAGCAGACAUACCUGCAGAUUUGGGCCAUUAUGAGAAAGGCCCAAUCUCACAGCGUCAGCAUUGCAAUAUGCAGAUACUAAACUGUGCAUGCGUUCAUUGUUUUUUUUUUUUUUUUUUGGCUUUUUCGAAAGAAAUUGUAUAGUUAUUGAGGUUUAGCAUUAUUUCGAAUAUCAAAAUUUUUUUGUAUUUUCAAAGU